AUGGUGCAAGCCACGGAUGAAACUUUGUAUCAGCAAGGGCAAGGCUUCAACAAAUCAAAGGAACAUAGUUUGGGAAGAUAUUAUUCUGACCCAAAUCAAGAUGAUUACUUUAUCAUCGGUCCAACUGAUAAAUUCGCACCAUCUAUCGCUUACCGAAACCGCCUUAAGUACAGACGACGAAGUGCAUCACUUAGACGUCAAGACAGUCCCGGCAAUCCGCCGAAUCAACAAAUUCCAGGGAAUUAUCUAAAGAAACUUAAAAUCGACCGCGGAAACCAGAAAAGACAUCACAAGAGAGAGAACAUACAAACAGAAGGUCCACGCAAACUGCUAGAGGAGGAAAUCAGGCGAAUACGUGCCGAACUUGAGCAAAGAAAACACCGUCUGAAAAAUGUAGAAACUACUUCACAACCCCUUCCACAAAAUAGUCAGCCACACGAAUCGGGUGAACUCAAGCUAAAGCUGGGAGACAGCCCAGUGGUAACUGGGUCACACAAAACUCCACAGGCACCCAGGGCGGUGAGGAAAAAGGGAACGCUUGAGUAUAUAGUAGCUCCUAACAUAGAAAAUAAAAGACGACGGAAAUCAUACAGUCCACUUGCGCAACCUCGUCUAACUGAAUACCAGCGAGCGUAUAAAGCUCCGGAACUUACUCCUAUCCCACAGCGGCCACGGACUGCACAAUCAGAAUUCCCAACCACCUUCAAGGCCAGUAGUCACCACGGACAAAUAGAUAUAUUCGAAACUGAAUAUGCACGUGAGUACAAGCCAUUCAGAUACGUACCAAUAGAUAAACUCAAUGCGACCACCUUUAUCCGAGAUCCGAACGUUAAUAUUGUACCAAUACCCAGACCCAAAUCCGCCUACACACUCGUGAGGUCACAGCAAAUAAAAGAUACGGAAAAUGGUUACCCGAGAAGCAGACAGGAAACAUCAUCUCAACCAGACUUAUCUAAAAAGACUAGGUCACAUGAAAGCCGAUACACUUCAGAAUACGGUGCCAAAUACCACAACUAUUUUGGAUUGCAGCCUAAUUCUAAUGGGUCAACUGAAUGGAUGAGGGUGUUGGAAGGAAUACGUAACCAGGCAGAUUUAUAUCGAAAACGUGACCUAGAAUCGCAUUUCACGCGUGACCACUUGGCCCAAUUGGCAUCCGCUUUUGUGGACUAUUGGGAUCAACCAAGCAGCGACCGAUAUGCCCGGAAUCGCGAGAAAUCCCUAACAACACUAGCACAGCCUCCUGCGGGAAAGCCGUCAGAACUAUGCAGUGAAGAAAAUGAAGAAUGCGAGGCACAUAGCACGAUCUCGGCGCGCCGACGGGCUAUGAUGGAUAGUCAUCAUGUAGCGGAACUUCUUCAUGAAUACCAAGUUUAUGAUCCCAAAUCAUAUUCAAGUGAAGUGAAGCCGGAAAGCACACACUCAAAAGGUGAAAAAAAUAAUCAGAGGCAACUUGUCAGACAGAAUGAUGCACAAGCGCUCUCCACACACUUUGAAAACCAACUCUCUUCAACUUCUCCGGAUAUAGAGAUGGAAAAGCACGGUACGGCUGGCCAACUGAGCAAUAUCCACAGAACUUCCCAGCAAGGCAACAGUCUGAGCCCAGUCUCCACUAAAUCCAUUAUGUCCAGUGCUACACCGAUUUCAGAACCAACAAAUUAUACCAACGAACAAAGAAACCAUGCGGUCAAUGAUAACAGUCAUCAGAGGAGAUGCACACUCCCUUCCGGCGAUUACCUAUGUCAUCCAUACGCAGAAAAUCAUGAAUACCGAAGCUGGGACUACAUCUGA